GCUUCAUCAAGCAGUAUAGUCAGGCGGCGGACGUUCACCGAGCUUUUGCUCUCGACAAGAAGCCAUCCUCACCUCCCCCGCCGCCCGCAGCAGCAGAGGCAGUGUCCGACGGUCAGACCAACGCGAAGUCCGCAGCGAGACCGCUAGAGGCGCCCUACUCCCGGCACAUCGAAUUUCGCAAGUCGGGAGAAUUCACUCGCAUCGGUGAUGAGUGGCACCCCGAGGUCGCCGCCGCCGUCGGCAACGGUUACCGCGACGACGCCGUGUCGCCCGCGUCCGCGCGUCUGCUGCUGAGUAACCAUGGUUACGCGAGCUCGUCUGACGCGAGCAGCAGCAUCUCGGAGCAGCCGCGAGGCGAGGACUCGUUAGAGGCGGACAGGUAUCGUCUGACGGUUGCCGUGGACGACGACGGAGGCAGCUGCGAUCGGGAGAGCGAGUGUUCGAGCCCGGACCUCCCGCUGCCCCCGCCCCCUCCCCCGCCGGACUCGGACGAGGAGGACAUGAUGGAGGAGGAGCUUCCUCCCCCUCCCCCGCCCACCGUGCUCGCAGCGAUCGGCGGCGCGGAGACGCAGCGCCCUCUAUCGCCGAUCCACAUGGCACACAGAACGUACUCUAGCAGCAGCUCCUACAUGUCCCACAAGAAACAGCCGGGAAGAUUCGGUUUCUACGGCAACUACCACCGCAGCUACCCGUCGCUGUUCCCCGAGCCGUCGCCGCCGCUGCCGCUGGCGCCCUCUCUGACGGAGGACGGCGGUGGCGGGGUGACGCGAGCGCGCGUGGGUAAGGCGGGAGCCACGGUGAUAUUCAGCAGUGACUCGGGCGAGCGGCCAACGCACGUCAACUGCGCUAACGAGGAGAUCGAACACACUUCGGUCAGCGCCACCGUCGCAAACUUCGAGAAGGCGUCGACGACGGUGGCGGCGCCCCCUGGCGACCGGCGCGCGGAGUCGUUCAGCGGCUACCCGUCGUACGCGCGCACGCGCAGCAGUGGCGCCCUCCCGGACGUGAGGGAGCACGCGGCGGCGAUGACGACGCGGGCGUACCGGCGCGCGCGCAGCGACCGCAUCCCGGACCUCCUCGUCGUCGUCUCCGACGAAUCCGGACAGGAGUCGUCGACGACGGGAACGGACUCGCCGGGCAGCAUGUCGUCGCCACCGCCCUGCGACCCGGGUCGCGCGUCGCCCACGGCAACGACGAAGACGAGGCUGCGGCCGGACAUCCGGCUCAAGCUCUACACGAACCAGCCGCUCGUUAACGGCAGCAGCGGAGGCAGAACCCCGCCGGACCCUCGCCUGCUGUCUCCGCCGGGGAUGGACGGAGGGGAGGCGCCGCGGUGGCGCGCGCGGUCAGAGAGUCCGUCGCCGACGGCAACGCAGCAGCAGCGGCGACCGUCGGAGGAGGAGCGCCAUCUACGGGCGCUGUCGAACGAGAUCGCGAGUCACACGCUCGACAGGAAGCUGUCUAGCAUCCUGCGGACGGACGCGGAGGACAGGUCGAUGUCUGAUUACAUCGCGGGGAUGUUUGACGUGAUGCCGCGCACGCGGCAGCAGCAGCAGCAGCAGCAGCAGCAGCAGCAGCAGCAGCAGCAGCAGCGGCUGACGACCAGCAAGUCGUUCACGGCCGGCGAGGGACAGAAGUUGGCGAAGACAACCCUGACGACGAGUAGUUCUUCUCAACUUCCACUGUCAGCUUACUACCAAACCUCAGAACCUAAAGCGAAGCUGAUGACACGAAUGAACUCUGAGAAAUCUCUACAGAACAGCAUGCAGCCCAUCGACGAUGCAGAGAUCACAACCAAAAAGGAGCAGCUGAUCACCAGCAUCACUCGGAAGCUGAAGAUCGUGCGGGACGAGCAGCAGCUGAUGCAGAGCGAGCUGACGGCUAACGAGGCCGUGGGCGCGCUCGUCACCUGCUGCGUGGAGAAAGCUGCGAAGCCACACCACGUCGACAAGUACAAGAUGUACGUUGAUGAGCUGGACAAGAUUCUCAACCUUCUGCUGGGACUGAGCGGGAGGCUGGCACGCGCCGAGAACGCUCUCACAAACCUACCGCACGACGCUGACAACGAGGAGAAGGCGGCUCUCAUGGAGAAGCGAGACAAGCUGAGCUCUCAGUACGACGAGGCGCUGAGGUUGAAGGAAGCCAUCGACCGCCGCAGCCGCAGCCUCUCCGACGCUCUGCAGCACUGCCUCACCCAGGACGAGUUCUCCGAUUAUGAACACUACGUACGCAUGAAGUCCAAGAUGAUCAUCGAUUCACGAGAACUAGAUGACAAGAUCAAGCUGGGGGAGGAGCAGCUGGCAGCGCUGAUGGCCGGCCAGUGGUGACCACGGAUGAUCGACAGUGACCACGAAUGAUCACGGAUGAUCAAUCGUGAUCGAUGGUGACCAUGAAUGAUCAAUGGUUACAAGAGAUCAAUGGUUAUCAGCGAUCGAUGGUGAUCUGUGAUCGAUGGUGGCGGCUGCUGCGACUGUGAUUUGUCGAUGACAGAGACGGGAUAUACGAAAAAUUUCGUGAAAGAAUUGCUCAUAAUUUAUUUAAGAAGAGAACUAGCGUGUACGCGUGCUCGCGACGUUGGCACUGUCUAGUCAGACGCCCUAUGGUUGGUGAGUGUCCCCCUCAGGAUUGCAACACUAGUGGUGAUUCGCUAUGGUAUGCACUGCACAAUGUAACAGUCAGUGAUUGGCUGCGGCCAACAGAUAGUGGUAAGUACCGAUGUUAAUUGACUAACGGAAGAUGUAGCUAUGUAGCAGCCGAUGCUUCCGGAACAUACGAUGCUAAUACAAAUGAAUGCCAUGUUAAGAGGAGAAACGCGUGUACGUGAUUACUGGUGUAUUUUAACGCGCGCGCAUGUAGUUGUGCCUAAACCUGCUGUAUGAAUCCCAUGAUUAAACGGUAUCGAGGUUUUGCAUUAGGUAUACGUUUAAUCGCUUGAUGACUGUUUAAACCGUUUUGCGUACGUGCGUUGAUUGCUAGGGAUAACUGUACAAAAUUUCCAUUGUAAAUAUUCGAGGUGUGACCAGUUAUUGGUUUUUUUUAAUCAUACGUUGUAAGGUGUUUGUUUAUAUGAGCAGAAAACGUUCGAUUUAUAUUUUUUAUUAUUAUUUAAUCAUGGUGUUUGCAGUGCAAGGGGAGUGAACGCCAUUGAAAACACAGCACUACUACGUGCAUAUUGAUAUUUUGUUAUCAAGCCAGAUGGAAAACAACAACCAAAUAGACAUAUCAGCGUAUCUGACCGCGGUAAUCAAGCAGAGACUGCUCUCUGCUUCCGUUGCCAUGGGAGAUUAUGUUUUGGUUUAUAUUCAUGAUAAAAGUGGGUUCGUUGGUGUAGAUUGUGUUAAAACUGCAGCUACUGCAGUCUUCAUUGUCUCAGCACCCAGCCACACUGUAUACAGUCCCAAUGUGAGUGGAUAAUUUUUGUUUAGUGUUAUAUUCAUGUUCCUACGCAUCGUAGCCACCCCCUGACUUAAUACGUGCAUUUAGAACUUUAUUUUUUUAGUUUCUUCUCUACUAGACGGUUCUUCUCAAACUUCUCCGAUAAUUUAGUUCUACUGCUUGUUUGUGCAUGUUGCGGAUUUAAGUUUGUAUGUACUAGCUGUGUGACACCCAUGCUUCGCUGUCUAGGCAUGUUCUACACUAGCAGCUUGAAUAGGAUAUUAUAUUAUGGAAAAGUGAGUAGCAGAAAAGAGUCGUGCAUUUAAUCUGGCACUGAAUAUUUGGAGGUGUAGAUUCGUAUGAGAAUGAUCAGAGCUAUCACAUUUUUUUACAAAUUCUCUAACGUGACAACAUUGAUUACGUCGUAGUAUAAAAGUUAUGAAAUCAGUUUACAAAUAUACAAUAAUUGUACAUUGCAUUUGUUUAGUGAUUCAGUCAGAAAUACAUUUAACAUUAAGCACAUGGUUUUGUAUUCCGGACCGUUUGUUAUAUCCAUGCAAAAUAAAAUGUAUACUGUUAAAAACAAAGAAACCAUAUUUAUUCUAUGCAAAUUGGAGCAAACGUAUAAGAACACUCAGUACUCCACGAAUGUAAGACGUUUGUAAACGUGUGUACACAAAUCGUUUAUUUACAGAACCUUUUAGUAAAAUAUAUACGUGAAGGCAACAGCCGUACAAUUUUUUAGCCAUGUAUAAGAGGUAUACCAUUGGUCAGAGUGAAUGUUCUUGUAAACAUCUAAUAAUCUAGGAACAUAAAUAGGCCAGGACAGUUCUCAACAGCAUAUCAUGAUAUCUGGCUGCUGGUAAUAAGUACUGGUACUCAGUGUGUUUGAAUGUCAUUAACUGUAACCUAGCAAUAAUACGAUAUCAAUCACACAUGCGUAAUCUAUUUGCAGCGAAUUUCGUUCAAAUUACUAGAUGUUACAUUUGAAAUUAGUUGAUAGUUCAAACAAUCCUAAAAUAUGAGCACCAGUAAAAGAAAUACAUUUUUAUGCCAUUCAUAAUUUCAUUACUGUACAUGCCUGGCAGGUUAUGUGCACUCUCCAACCUUCAUCUCACCAUAAUAGAUAAGUUGAAAACAAACAACAAAGAUACUGUAUGAUAAGCUA